AGGGGGAAAAAAAAGGGUAUUAUACCCCCUCCUGGGUUUGCUACUGAUGAAAUCUUUACGGAAGGGAUCUAAGCCGAAGUCCAGGAGCAGCACUCUACAUUCUAUGCACUCCAUGUUUCAGCCAGCGAAAUCUGCGGAUGUAAAUGAAGACGCUGCAAAAUCCACAAAACGAGCGGCUUCAGGAGCAGCGAAUAGCACUGACAUGGUGAAUAAUUGCCAGGAUACAACAAACAGCCUGGAAGGCAGGAAAAAUGGGGAUAGCCACGAGAUCCAGUCAGACCAGUCAGACCAUCUAGACCAGACCCAUCCAGACCUGGGAGAGGGAGGAUCAGGUAAAAUGUUACCUAUUGAUACAGCUAACAUUUCUAUACCUAUUAUGCGGACAUCAGGAUUAGACGGCAUACAAUGUAUAUUGGCACAAAUGAAAGAGGAUAGAAUUUUUUUUGCCGGAGAGAUUGAGAGAAAUGCUAAGGAAAUAAGAUUAGAGAUCCAGGCAAUUGGUAAUCGGACUGCCGCCCUAGAAGUGAGGGUAGAGGCUGUGGCAAAAGCACAUAAUGAUUUAUUAAUCCAGAGCUCGGAAUGGGGCACAAGGCUUGACGCUUUAGAAGUGGCAUUUGAGGAUCUUAUAAAUCGAUCCCGACGUAAUAAUAUUAAAAUUAGAGGGAUACCGGAAACAAGAGAUGAGGGUCCGGUACAGAAUUUGGUUUUAGAAAUCUUUAGACCCUUACUACCAGACAUUCCUGAACCCAGAUGGGAAAUUGACAGGGCGCACCGUUUGUCAGGUGGUCUACGAAGGAAUGAUGAACGACCCCGAGAUAUAAUCGUGAGAUUUCAUUACCAUAGCACCAAAGACGCUGUAGUGCGCAAAUGUAGGGGGAUGGAGGUUAUUUACAGAGAAAAGGUGCUUCAGAUUUUUCAAGAUCUUUCACCAUCUACUCUUUUAAAGAGAAGGCAAUGGAAGCCGAUUGCAGAUCAUCUGAGACUUAAUCACAUUCCCUUUGCAUGGGGCCAUCCCUUUAAACUUCUCGCUUUUCAUAAUGAACAAACCAGAGCUUUAUUACCAACGGGGGAUCCAAGUAGAUUUUUUCAGACAAUGGGCCUGGAUACACCAGAGGGAGUAAUACCAUUAUUUCAACAAAAGACCCCAUUACCAACUUUACCCAGAGAAUAG